GAUGGCUAAGGCCACACUUGCAGGAUAAAUCGGGCUAGUUUAUUUUGUUGUAGGUUUCUAGUUCCUUUCUUUUGUAGGAGAAAUUGAUUUGUUUAAAGGAUUAAUAGUUUGUUUAUAAAUUUAAUGCAUUUAUUUUGUCUCCCUAAGAUUUACCCCAAAUAUUUAGUGUUAGUUGUGCAUGUUGUCUCAUUUAAGAUCAAAGAGCAACAUAAUUCGUUACUAGAGUGCACGCUAGGAAUCGAAUAAAAUCACAACUGCACAAGAUAUGGGGUAUUUUCUUUAAUUAGUUUAAAGAUUUGAGUCUUACCCGUGGUUCUGCCGGGAUCCAUGACUGCAGCAUGGAACCAAGGUGUAAUUAAAAGAGCGCUGCAUUUCCUGAUGUCCUUUUAUAUUCUGUCUUAGGAAUUAUGGGAAAUGUAGUUUGGGUACCACAGGGGUUUGUUAAUUAUUGGUUAAUUGUAAGAUUGUCAUAAUAAAGGGCAUUCUUUCCAUUUUAUUUUAUUAUUGCUUUAUGGUAUGGAAUCUAAUGUUUAUAGAGUUUAUUUGUGUGUAUAUUCUUUUCUUUUUCAUUUAGGUUUGAUGUACCGACUUGAGUCCCCCUGUAAUUAUACAAUGGUUUGCUCUGGUUUGUUAAAGGGUGUGAUUUUUGUCUAGGGCUGAGUCAGUUCUGGUGAGGGAUCCCUGGAGUAACAUCUGAGGCCCAGAACUCAGUAGCAUGUUAAUUUUAUUUAUCAGUUAGUUUUUUUCUUUCUCUUUUCUUUCUUUUAUUUUGUUUCUUAUAUUUUCUGGCUACUAUUGUGAACUGUAUAUAAGUGUGGCAGUUAAUAAAAAGGUAAUUUUGAAGAUCUAUGAACGCUUCCUGAAGAUUUUAUGGAAGAACCCUGACAAGAUGGUGGCAGCGGUGGGAUUCUGUCCAGGAGGAGGUUGUUUAUAGAGAGUCAAAUGCGGAAGGAAUGGCGCCAAAGAAAGCAGUGCGUGCUGGUGUUCCUGCUGACAUCGAGGUCAUACCAGAUGGGGGAGAGAUACUGACGGAGGAUGCAGCAGGUGCGGCGGGCCAUAUGACUGAAGAAGAGUCGGAGGAUGAAGUGCUGGAGCUUAAACAGAUGUUUCAACGGUUUAUGCAAGAUCAGCAAGAGAGAGAUGCACGUCAAGCACAAGAGGCAGUUCGACAAGAGACAAGAUGGAAAUCUCUUCAGCAUCAGUUCCGUUUAUUUCAAGGUGAGGUCGGCCAGCGAACUUCGUUGGAGGAUUUGCAAGACAGGGGAGCCGUUGAGCCAAAGGAAUCGUCAAGAGCUUCUAGUGGCUCUCAUAAUAGGAGCCAUGGAUAUGUGCUGCAGGAACCAAAGAUGCAACAACUGAGUGAGUCAGAUGACAUCGAACAUUACUUAACUGCAUUUGAACGGAUUGCUGAGGUGUGCCGAUGGCCGAGGGAAGAUUGGGCCAUUAGACUCCUUCCGUUGCUGACCGGCAAGGCGCGUGCUGCAUAUGUGGCAAUGGAUGUUGAAGAUGCAAUUGACUAUGUGCAGGUAAAAGAGGCUAUCUUGAAGAAGUAUUCCAUCAACCAUGAAACGUACCGACAGAGAUUUCGUGCUAUGGAGGUGCUUGAAGAAGAGACCCCUAAAGAACUGUAUGUUCGAUUAAAGGACUUGUAUCAAAAAUGGGUGAGACCGGCAGAGAGGACAAAACAGGAGAUUGGAGAAAUGAUUAUCCUUGAACAAUUUCUACGAAUGCUUAACCCAGAAGUGCAGACCUGGAUCAAAGAACACAGUCCGUCUUCAGCUGAGGAGGCGGCCCGUCUAGCUGAUGUUUUCGUGGCUGCACGACGUAGAGCUGAGCCCUGGAGCCUCUCCCGUUGGAAGACAGCCCGGGACAGAUCUUACCGACGACCGAGUACAGCAUUUCAAGGAAGCAGGUCUGCAAAUGAGGCAAGUGUAACACGAACUGAGAACUUUGGUGCCUCUGGUGUAGAGACUAUUAAGUGUUAUAAGUGUGGUCAGUUAGGUCAUAAGAAGCCAAUGUGUCCCCAGUUGACAAAAACACUUGGUAAUAUAUGUUAUGUACCUCGAGAAACCCUACCUGAACCUGUUAACCUUCCCAUUCCGAGUCAGGUGAUAAGAACUGUUGAGUUGAAUGGAAAAAAAGUCACUGCCUUAAUAGAUACAGGUUGCACACAAACCCUAGUAGAAUCCGAGUUGGUACCUGAAUUAUGUGCUAGUAGUGAUGCUCCGGUAAUAGUGAGAUGCGUUCACGGGGAGGAGCGGCAGUAUGCGGUCACGGAUGUAUAUCUGGGGAUAGCGGGGCAAACCUAUUUGAUGAAGGUAGGACUGGCACAGAACUUACCAUACCCAGUAAUUUUAGGUCAUGAUUUCCCUGCUUUGAUGGAUUUGGUACCCUUUCAGGAUAGCUGUAAUGUAGUUCUGACACGGGCACAAAGCAGGCAGAAUGAAUGUGAGAAAGAGGAAAACCCAUUGAUGUUUAUGCCUUUCUUUGACUCUGAAUUGUCUAUGAACCAAUGUAAAGUAAGGAAGUCUAGGAGGGAAAGAAAACAGGAAAAAUUUAAAAGAACCAUAGUGCAGGCUAGAGGACUAAAAGAACCUGAGAAAUUGUUGAACGCCAAUCAAAUUCCCAUCCCUGAAGAUAUGAGGCAGUUACAGAAAGAGGAUACAGAAAUUUCAAAAUUGUACUCUGAGGUUGUUGAGGCAGGGGGGAAAGGGUCGAAGGUGGUCCGGUUUCAAGGGAGAUCUUUUUGUGUAAGGAAUGACUUGUUGUAUCGUAAAACAGGAGAUCAAAUACAGAUGGUAUUGCCUGUUAGUGUACGUCAUACAGUGAUGACAAUGGGGCAUUCCAUCCCAUGGGCAGGACAUUUGGGUAGGCGUAAGACUCACUCUAGAAUUGGUAAGCAUUUUUACUGGUUGGGUAUGUCUAAGGACAUUGCUGAGUUUUGUAAAGCGUGCCCUGAGUGCCAAUAUAGCGGAAUUCGCCAACCCCAUAAAGUCCCAUUAGUUCCUCUACCAGUCAUUGAUGUUCCCUUUCAGCGGCUGGGAAUGGAUAUUGUAGGUCCACUGGAACGAAGUAAGACCGGCUAUAAGUACAUGUUAGUUAUUUGCGACUACGCGACACGGUUUCCAGAAGUGUUUCCCUUGAAAAACAUCAAAGCUAAAGCUAUUGCCUCGUGUCUGGUUCAAUUAUUUUCAAGAGUAGGUAUUCCAAAAGAAAUACUGACCGAUAGAGGAACAAACUUCACGUCUCAGCUUCUGCAACAGGUGUAUCAACUGUUGGGGAUAAAAGGGUUAAGAACAACCCCCUAUCAUCCAGAGACGGACGGGCUAGUAGAAAGAUUUAAUCAGACUCUAGUGCAAAUGCUUCGCAAAUUCGUGAAUGAGGUGGGAACCGACUGGGAUCAGUGGCUACCAUACCUCAUGUUUGCUUAUAGGGAAGUACCACAGGCAUCAACCGGGUUUUCGCCAUUCCAGCUGAUGUAUGGUCAUGAAGUGCAAGGACCAUUGUCCCUGGUAAGAGAAUUGUGGGAGGGGAACUCGGAGACGUCAACUAAAACUAGUGUAAUUGAUUACGUGUUAGCCAUGAGACAAAAAUUACAACAAAUGACCGAAUUUGCGUCUGCCCAUUUGACGGAAAUACAGAGAAAACAAAAGACAUGGUACGACAGGAAGACAAAGUCGCGGUCUUUUGAGCCGGGUCAAAAGGUUCUUGUGAUGCUUCCUACCUCAGAAAAUAAACUUUUGGGUAAAUGGCAGGGGCCGUUUGAAGUAACUAAAAAAAUGGGAACAACUACAUAUGAGAUUGCGACCCCAGGACAGGCACGAGCACAUCGGGUGUUGCAUAUUAAUUUGUUGAAGGAAUGGUACCCACAGAGUGAAAGUACCGUUGUUAAUUUAGUCCGGUUGAUUGAAGAUGAGGAAGAGGCAGAAGAACAAUAUUUACCUGGUAGUCAGCCCUCACCACCUGUUGAUCUUAACCAUCUUUCGGUAGAACAACGAGCGCAAAUUCAGCAAUUAUGUGAUCCAGAGUUGUUUAAAAGUCAGCCAGGCUACACGACACUGAUAAAGCAUAGAAUCGUGCUAAAGGAAAAUGCUCAGCCGAAACGAAUGAGUUACCGCAUCCCUGAACGAUUGCUGACUGCCUUUGAAAAUGAGGUAACAUUGAUGCAACAAAUGGAUAUAGUGGAACCAUCAAAAAGUGAAUGGUGUAAUCCGGUGGUGUUGGUGCCAAAAAAAGAUAAUACCCUCAGGUUCUGUAUUGAUUUUCGUUAUUUAAAUUCUGUCUCUAAAUUUGACUCCUAUCCUAUGCCUCGUAUCGAGGAGUUAACUGAAAAACUGGGUAAGGCUAAAUUUAUCAGUACCAUUGAUUUAAGUAAAGGGUAUUGGCAGGUGCCUUUGGAUUUAGAAUCCCGAGAGUUGACUGCUUUCCGUACACCAAGGGGGCUAAUGCAUUUUCGGGUGUUACCGUUUGGGCUGCACGGAGCACCCCCGACUUUUCAAAGAUUGAUGGAUACUGUAUUGGAUGGUUUAGGAGAAUUUGCAGCAGCUUACUUAGAUGAUGUUGUGAUAUUUAGUACCUCAUGGGAGAGUCAUCUUCACCAUCUUCAAACAGUCUUCCAACGAAUUAAAGUUGCCGGUUUAACCAUUAACCCUGCAAAAUGUUCUUUAGUUAAGACUGAGACUGAGUAUUUGGGGUAUACAUUGGGCAAUGGAGUAAUUAAGCCGCAAGUGCUGAAAGUAGGGGCGAUUCAAUCUUGUCCACUUCCAGCUACAAAGAAACAAAUUCGGUCAUUUCUUGGUUUGGUCGGUUGGUACCGGAAAUUUAUUCCCCAUUUCUCGACCAUUGCGGCACCAUUGACGGAUUUAAUUAAAAAGACGAGUCCCACCAAGGUGCAAUGGACAGUACCUGCAGAAAAAGCAUUCCUGGAGUUAAAAGGGAUGCUGAGUAACGAACCUGUUUUGCGCAGUCCUGAUUUUGAAAAGUCAUUUGUACUUCAAACAGAUGCAUCUGACUUGGGUUUAGGAGCGGUCCUGAUGCAGGAAGAGAAUGGAGGAAGGCAUCCUGUGGUUUGA